GUCAGUCAGAUGCUAGAAAGCCGGUAAAUGAAAUAGUCACGUUUGUGCUAGUGUAGAACUGGUGUAGUCUAUAUUUAUUUAUUGGCGUAAAUACAUUUUCCUGCUAUAGGAACAAGUAUAAAAUAUAGUAUUUACUAUCAUAUUUAAAGCUUCUAUAGUGCAUCGUUACGAUAUAAGAGAGUAUAGAAGAAACCCCGGAUCUGUGUUGUGAGUCACGGAAUGUAUCAGAGCCCAGCAGGAAGGCUGUGCUCGGCGCUGAGAGACGUGUCUGCGUUGUGUGCCUCCUCCCUGCGGCAACAGCCGCACCACUCUCCGGUAAGGAGGAGGGCUGUCUCCCCGCCAGUGCUCAGUUCUUUAGCUGGAUUGGGCUGCUGCCAUAGUUUAGCGGGCUGGAUCGGAGACGGACCGGCAAAAGCGGUUCCGAACAGUGGGACAGUAAAAACUGCGGCGCCCUCAGCAUCGGGGACCGCAGCCAGAUCGGCUUCUAGAACAGUGUCCAUGGGAAACAAUACCAGCCGGCUGUACAGCGCUCUUGCGAAGACACUCAGCAGCAGCACUGCCGUGUCCCAGCCACAAGAUUUCUUUGAACAAUCUGAUUAUGAGCACCUUGAUCCAUUGGAUCCCAAGAAUCUCCUGGAGGAGUGCCAAAUAGCCCUUCAGGACAGGCCUCCCCGACUCUGCAGAGAGUUUGUCAGUUUGAGGAAUAAUUUCAGCAGCCAGAACCAGCCUUUCCGAGUGAUGCAGUGGAACAUCCUGGCACAAGCUCUGGGUGAAGGCAAGGACAACUUUGUUAAGUGUCCAAUGGAGGCCUUGAAGUGGGAACAGAGGAAGUACCUGAUUCUAGAAGAGAUCCUGAAAUAUCGACCACAUGUCUUAUGCUUACAGGAGGUGGAUCAUUACUUUGACACAUUUGAGCCAGUCCUCAGCAGGUUAGGCUACCAGUGCACAUUUUUUGCUAAGCCUUGGUCCCCUUGCCUUGAUGUGGAGCAUAACAACGGACCAGAUGGCUGUGCCUUGUUUUUCCUGCAGGACCGCUUCCAGCUGAUCAGCAGUGACAAAAUUAGGCUGUCUGCCCGGACUCUGAAAACUAACCAAGUUGCAAUUGCAGAGACUCUGAGGUGUAAUGAGACCGGAAGGCUCCUUUGCUUUGUAGUUACCCACCUGAAAGCUCGAACAGGUUGGGAGAGGUUCAGGCUAGCACAAGGCUCAGAUCUCCUGAGGAAUCUAGAAAACAUCACCCAAGGAGCAAAUAUCCCUGUAAUCAUCUGCGGAGAUUUCAAUGCAGAACCCACUGAGGAGGUCUACAAGCGCUUUGCUACCUCCAGCUUGAAUCUUAAUAGUGCCUAUAAGGUGCUGAGCGAGGAUGGUGAAUCAGAACCCCCCUACACAACAUGGAAGAUUCGUCCCACUGGCGAGUCAUGUAAUACCCUAGAUUAUAUCUGGUACUCCCAGCAUGCCCUGAAAGUAAACUCUGCCUUGAGCCUCUUAACAGAAGAGCAAAUUGGAGCCAACCGGCUUCCGUCUUUUAGCUACCCUUCAGAUCACCUGUCACUUGUGUGUGAUUUCAGCUUUAAUGAAGACCCAGACAGGCUAUUAUAAGGAUGGCCAGCAUUAUUUUAUAGUGACUGUAAAAGUUUGCUUAUGUCAUGUGUAAAGUGUUCCAAAGCUAUAAUGUAAAUGUUCACGCAAUGUAUGUGGUAACUACCAUAAAUCUAUUUAUUUAAGGGACUGUAAAAAAGAAUGAGGAAAGAAAUAUUGGAAAAGGUACCUGGUUUAUUUUUCUAUUUGUUCUGCCAAAUAUUUUACCAUAUGUGGUACAACAUCUGGAUGGAUGUAUGACAAGUUAGAUGCAGUAGUUAAAAUAUUCCUUUUUUAUUUUUCCUUUUACUCACUGGUGUAGCAUUCGCUAACCAAAUGCCUUUUUCUAAUGAAAGAUGUGCUCAUAUAUUUAAUUUAUGUUGUUUGUUUGCACAUGUCUGAACAAUACAUUUGAUAGUAUUUAUUUUUCUACUUGAAAAGUUUAAGUUAAUUGUUGUACUGUCUACUGGAACAUUAACAAGUUACUAAAUAUGUAUAAAUGUUUAUUUGGUAUGUCACGAUGUGAACUCUAGUUACUGUAGUAUAAAAUAUUAGGUUUGCAAAAUUAUCAAGCUCCUGCCUUUUUUUUUUUUUAAUACAACUUUUAUACGAUAUAAAAAGCUACAGUUUGUCCUUUUAUGUCAUGUUAGACUACACUACUGCUGAUUUUGCUACCUUUAACACGAAGGUAAGAAAAUAUAUGCUUUAAUUAGACAUGGACUACCCUUGGGAAUAAAGUAAUUCAGGUAUUUAGUUUUCUUAUCACGACCAGCAAAUACAUUUUCCUUUUAUUCAGUAGAAUGUUUGUUCCCUAAAGAACCUAUAACAAAAAUUAGCUGAAGGUAUUGUUGUUUAAGUUAUUAAAAGGACAUUCUAAUUUAAAAAACAAAAUGAUCUAGUUUAUGAGAACAUUAAUAUUACUAUAAUUUAUUUGUAAAGCACCACCAAACUCUGGGUACAUAAGGUACACAAAUGAAAUUGGUUUCUGUAUUUCUUUUUACCAUGAAUAAAGUAAACCAAAUGAAUACAGGAGGGCCCUGCUGCAAAGUGUUAUAGAAUACAUAGCUAAAGUCCAACUCCAGAACACAACCAGUAACUGGCAGAUAAAUGUGUUUUGCUGUUUGUAAUUGAACCAGUGGCCAUGUGUUACAACUCUUGUGAAGGAUUCUGUGUGUUUAACCCCCUUUGCAACCCUUAACAACAAGGCAUUAAAUUAGACCAUUUUAUUUUCAUUCUAGAAUAUCCCUUUGACCUUUUAAGACAGUGAUCUGGUUAUUCAUUGCUUUGAGAUUACAUGCAUAUGGCUCACUUUUCAUCUGCCUGGCAUGACAGCAUCAACUCCAAGCAGAAAAAAAACAACCUUCCUAAACAGAACCCUUAUAGCAGGCCUGCAUAAUAUUAGUUAGCGUCUUGUUCUUUAUGGAUGUUGUAGUGUUCUUCACAGAAAAUGUUGACAGCCAGGUGGCAUUAUACAGUAGUCAGUUGAGGGCAGUGUAAUACUUUAUAUUUUUUAAUUGUGUAAUAUACAUUGGAAAAUCUAAUAUUGCCUUAUUUUAGCUUAAAUUUUAGACGGAUGGUCCGUAAAAUAAGCUGGGUGGUGUGCCCAUAGAAUAGAACACUAAUAUUGGAAUCUCUACAGCUGUUAACAAAAGGGCUUAAUAAAUCUUGGAAUCUACAGAUUCCAAAAAUUUGUAUUUUUACUUGCAGUCUGUAUGAAACAAAAGCCUACAGAAAACCUGUGCAAAGCAUGAUACAAAGUACUAGUCAAAUGCUAAAUUUUAUAUUAAACUCCCUGUUUUAUGCAAGUUCUGUUUACAGCAGAUAUGUGGUAAUAAUUAACAUGGUUAGAUGUGAGCAAUUGUAAUCGCUCUGUGUGCUUUAUUUUAUUUGACUAUGUUAAAUUCAUCUAUCAACUAGUGUCCUCCUCUUAAGAUAACCAGUUGAAAAAAGUUGUAAAGUAAUUUCUGUUAUCACUAAAGAAAAUGACUAUAUACAUAAUAUUAGAAAGAUGCACCAAGCAUUUUACUAUGAUCAUAAUAAUAAAAUUAUUUCAGAAUA